AGUGGCUGGGAGAAGGAGACUGUGUGUGUGGAGGUGAUGGUGCACAGCUAGAAUCACUGGAGAUUGGGGUGUCGUCCCCUCUCAGUGUCAUCAGUGAUCAGCCACUCUGUGUGCCCUGCUACAGCUGUCAUUACUGCCCAGGCCUGGAGGAGAUAUACAGCAGCUGUUUUGUAACCAUGGUGAUCAGUUAGCACGGUUCCUGAUUGACCCGGCCGGGCGGGUGCUCCCGGAUGACAUCAUCGCUGAGACGGGGCCGCGUUCCCGCCACACGUCCCAUGGAUACCGGCACCCGGGAGGGGUCCAAUCAGGUAAAAAGAGCAAGCCCGUACAAUUUAACUUCAUCUACAACAUCAUUUUUCUAGUUUUUUUUUUUAGAAUACUUCAGAUUCAAGUCUUGACUAAUUAAGUUAUCAGUUUUGCCAUUCAUUCAGCUUUAAUGGACAGUACUGUGUCUUCACAUGUCAUAAGGAUGGUACUGGUACAAAUUAUUCUCUUUAUGCUGUAAUUGCACUGACUGAGUUAUAAGCAUAUCUACCUGAGAAUUGGUAAAGAGCAGCAUAUGUCAGCUUUAACUAGAAAGCACUAGGGGAUUAAUUAAGACACCUGUACCUGUAUUGCAUGAACAGGUGUCUUUGCAACUGGAUUAAACCAUAACAGAAUGAUCAGGGGGACAGGUGAACAGAAACAAGACCGUUAAUUGGCAUUUUUUAAAACCAAACUAUACAAUAACAUUCAAUAACUGCAUAACAUGGAAUGUUGAUGUAGUUACUUAUACUAUGACUUUUAAAGUACUGCUUAAAUUUAUAUGCCCUUUAAUUCAAAACCCCCAUGUGAUUAGUGUAAUCCUUGGCUCCUAGCUGUAGGAACUCACAAGUGUUCUGUUUAACUGUGGGAGGUUGGUAAUCUGUUCCUUACAAGGCUCAGUUAUGUGGUGAGGUACAGAAAUCGCUUCUACUUGUCCACAUAUUUUAUGACUGGCAGCUACAAGCACUGGUUUUGCCUAUUACAUUGACCAUAAAUAAUUAGAUUUGGUCAAGAACCACCAAUCCAAGUGCACCAAGGCACCCCAGGGUUUGAGAACUACUGCAAUAUGGAUUGGAGGAACACAAUCCUUAAGUGGAGAUGGAGAUCCACCCACGGACCUAGAUGUAGUUUCCCUUGCGAGUUCGGUCCAUUCACUAGUCUGCAAUACUCUACGCUGAGAUCCACCCACGGACCUAGAUGUAGUUUCCGUUGCGAGUUCGGUCCAUUCACUAGUCUGCAAUACUCUACGCUGAGAUCCACCCACGGACCUAGAUGUAGUUUCCGUUGCGAGUUCGGUCCAUUCACUAGUCUGCAAUACUCUACGCUGAGAUCCACCCACGGACCUAGAUGUAGUUUCCCUUGCGAGUUCGGUCCAUUCACUAGUCUGCAAUACUCUACGCUGAUUCCAUGGGCACUAACCUUGUAUCUGUCAUGUUCCUAUUAAUAAUUAUUAAUCAUGUGAGACUGAUGAAGACCGCUUGUCCUACAGGGUGCAGUUGCACAUUAUCUUCUAUUACUUGUUGCGAAACAGAGAGAGAUUUCCAAAUCCCAAUCACUAGUUCUGAUAAUAUUACUAAAUUAAGUUUAAGUAGCUGUCCACGCUUCGUUAUUUCCAAACAGAGCAUCUGGAAUUUGAAGUCACUUGAAGAAAUAAUUAUUAAAAGCACAGCAGUUACAUAUAUUGACGCAUAUGCAUUUGGUGACCUUCCCAAACUGAAGAGUUUGAUUUUAAAUGAGUUAAACCUAAGCGUAACAAAUAUCCAUCCAUCAGCCUUCAAUGACCUUCCCAUUCAGCAGCUGGACUUGAAGAAUAACAACUUAAAAUUAAUUCAUAGUGAAAUGUUUAGUGGUUUGAAGAACCUCAGAGUUCUAGAACUUUCGAGGAACAAAAUUGCUGCCAUUCACAAUCAAGCGUUUGAUAGCCUACUAAUGUUAUCUGUGCUGAAAUUAGAUUAUAACCAUCUAAACUCAGUCACUCCAUUGUGGUUUAAACCCUUUAGUAACUAUUCCUCAUUGCUGAUCAGUGUGAUUGGAAACAACUUAACUAAUGAGUGCACUUUCAGGGGAGUUGAACUUACUGAAAAUCAUUGGUUUAAAAAGUCUUUAUUUCCCAAUGAUUCUUUAACUGUCUCAUUGACCAACAUCUCUAUUUGCGCUAAACCAAUGUUUAAUAAUGUAUAUCAAGAAAUGUAUGUGAAGGAAUCUAUGUCAAUAGCACUACCAUGUUCUGCCACCGGUUUACCUAGGCCUUCUUUGACCUGGCUACUCCCAACAGGAUUGGAAGUUGCUUUCUCAACCUCUCAUUUGUUCGUUAGCAAUGGGAAAUUAAAUAUAGCAACAGCCAGACCCAAUGACUCUGGUAUCUAUGCGUGUGUGGCCAGCAACAGUGAGGGUACUUCAGUGGCCGUGACAAGACUAUCAGUAAUGCUGAACCUCACAAAUGCAAUGACACUUGAACUGAUGGUAACGGAGACACCGAAGAAGAAACCAUCAUUCGCUUUGCUAUUAGUGUUUAUUAUAUUUCUCUCCAUAGUUUUGUUCUUUGUUGUGGGUUAUAUUUCAAGAUUAAUCUACAAUAUAGCAAAGAAACCACACAGUGAUAACUUUGAAUUCAGUCGGUUUGUCGACACACCCAACAUUCUUCCUGUUCCUGAAAAUCCUCAACCAAUGCCACACGUCUAAUUUUUGUCUCAGUACUGAUUCUGCAACAAAUAAAAAGUUUAUUGACUCAUCCACUUUAAUGUACACAUGAGCAAACCAGCAUGUCAAAUAGCUACCUCUUAUACCUACACAUGUUUAGUACUUUUUACCUUUUUACUAUCGAAGGCUGAAAGUCUGUGACAGAGUGUUUCCAUGACCACCUUUACUGUUCACCCUUGUUCCUCUUUACCAGUCAGAUAGCAGUUUACCAGCUACAGUAUAUGUCCCAAGUCAUGAGAUGCUUGUUAUUAAAUGACAAAUUGUCCCUGAAGGGAGUAUAGCCUCAUUAUCCCUAUGAAGUAAUAGCACAGAAAACAAAUAUGGGAAUAGUGAAAUUGAUGUAUGGUAUAAAGAAAAUAUAAUGACUUUAAAAAUCUUAUAUGCGUGUCUCACAACAAUCCAGUUGGAAAAUUGGGACAAAUUAGAUGACCGUCAACUGUUCUGAAAAAAUAAACAAGGCUGCACUACUGUAUGUACAUUUUCUCUUACUGCUGAAUCCCUGUUACUAUUUAUUUGUAUACCUUCCUGUAAAUACAAGCCAGUAAAAUAAAAAUUUUACAAUAUA